AUGCCGUCCCAAGGUGGCAGACACACCGAAUAUGUUGCAGACCAGAUUGUGUCCAAACUGAUUGAAGUGGUAAAAAAGAAGAACAAGGCUGGAGUGGUUGUCAAACCUUUCCAGGUGAAGAACCACGUGUGGUUGUUUGUGAACUGUCUGAUUGAGAACCCCAGCUUUGACUCUCAGACCAAAGAGAACAUGACAUUACAGCAGAAGAAUUUCGGUUCCACCUGCCCUCUGAGUGACAAGUUUGUUAAACAGGCUAAUAACUGUGGAAUUGUGGAGAGCAUUAUGAACUGGGUGAAGUUUAAAGCCCAGGCUCAGCUCAAUAAGAAAUGCUCUGCUGUCAAACACACUAAGAUUAAAGGAGUACCCAAGCUGGAUGACGCCAACGAUGCAGGUGGAAAGAACUCCAAUAGCUGCACUCUGAUCCUGACAGAAGGAGACUCGGCCAAAACUCUGGCCGUGUCGGGUCUAGGUGUGGUGGGACGUGACCGCUAUGGUGUCUUCCCUCUGCGUGGUAAAAUGCUCAAUGUUCGAGAGGCAUCACACAAACAGAUCAUGGAGAAUGCUGAGAUCAACAACAUCAUAAAGAUCCUGGGUCUGCAGUACAAGAAGAACUACAGUGACCCUGAGUCACUCAAGAGCCUGCGCUACGGCAAGCUCAUGAUCAUGACAGAUCAGGAUCAAGACGGAUCUCACAUUAAAGGCCUUCUCAUCAACUUUAUCCAUCAUAACUGGCCGUCACUGCUGCGCCACAACUUCCUAGAAGAGUUUAUCACACCCAUCAUCAAGGCAUCCAAUAAAAAGCAGGAGCUUGCUUUCUACAGUAUCCCAGAGUUCAAUGAGUGGAAGGAGAAACAAAGUAGCACCAAAUCCUGGAAGAUCAAAUACUACAAAGGUUUGGGUACCAGCACAUCUAAGGAGGCCAAAGAGUAUUUUUCGGAUAUGACGAGACACCGAAUCCCUUUUAAGUACUCUGGGCCGGCCGAUGAUGAAGCUAUCACCCUGGCCUUUAGUAAGAAGAUGGUAGAUGAGAGGAAGGAAUGGCUGACCAGCUUCAUGAUCAACAGACGUCAGCGCAGAGAACACAACCUGCCUGAGGAGUACCUGUACGGACAGGAAACCUCAUCCCUCUCCUACCAUGACUUUAUCAAUAAAGAGCUUGUGCUGUUCUCCAACUCUGACAACGAGAGAUCAAUCCCCUGCUUGGUGGAUGGUCUAAAACCAGGCCAAAGGAAAGUGCUUUUCUGCUGUUUUAAGAGGAAUGAUAAAAGAGAGGUGAAAGUGGCUCAGUUGGCUGGAUCAGUGGCCGAGAUGUCAGCAUACCACCAUGGAGAGGUCUCUCUGAUGAUGACCAUUGUGGGUCUUGCUCAGAACUUUGUGGGCAGUAAUAAUUUGAACCUGCUUCAGCCUCUGGGUCAGUUUGGCACACGUCUGCAUGGAGGCAAAGACUCUGCCAGCCCCAGAUACAUCUUUACUAUGCUCAGUCCACUUGCUCGUCUGCUGUUUCCUGCUGUGGACGAUAACCUGUUGAAGUAUAACUUUGAUGAUAAUUUGCGAGUGGAGCCAGAGUGGUACAUACCCAUCAUCCCUCUGGUGCUGGCUAAUGGAGGUGAGGGCAUCGGCACAGGAUGGGCCAGCCGCAUCCCCAACUAUGACGUGAGAGAGAUCAUCAACAAUAUUCGCCGCAUGCUCAAUGGAGAAGAUCCACUUCCCAUGCUGCCAAGCUAUAAGGGGUUCAAAGGCACCAUUGAUGAACUGGCGAAGAAUCAGUAUGUGAAUAAUGGAGAGGUGGCCAUCAUUGACUCUACCACCAUUGAGAUCACUGAACUGCCAAUCAAAACCUGGACACAGACCUAUAAGGAGAAUGUUUUGGAGGCGAUGCUGAACGGCACGGAGAAGGUUCCUGCUUUGAUCACAGACUAUAAGGAGUAUCAUACAGACACCACAGUGCGUUUCGUCAUUAAGAUGACAGAGGAGCGCCUGAGAGAGGCUGAGGCAGCUGGACCACACAAAGUCUUCAAACUACAGAAUCUGCUCACCUGUCACUCCAUGGUGUUGUUUGAUCAUGUGGGCAGUCUGAAGAAGUACGAGUCUGUUCAGGACAUCUUAAAGGAUUUCUUUGAGCUCAGAAUGAAGUAUUAUGUCCUCAGGAAAGAUUGGCUGCUAGGUAUGCUGGGGGCUGAAAGUGCCAAACUUUCCAACCAGGCCCGAUUCAUUCUGGAGAAGAUCCAGGGCACACUGGUCAUUGAAAAUAAACCUAAGAAGGAGCUGAUCCGCAUGCUUCAGCAGAUGGGCUAUGACUCGGACCCUGUUAAGGCAUGGAAAGAUGCUCAGGAGAAGGAUGCAGAGGAGGAUGAGGAUGAGGAGGAGAAGGAAAAAGAGGAGACAUCUGGCCCUGAUUAUAACUAUCUACUCAGCAUGCCAAUGUGGUACCUGACCAAAGAAAAGAAAGAUGAGCUGUGCAGACAGAGAGAUGCUAAGACAACGGAGUUGAACACGCUCAAGAUGAAAGCACCUGCUGAUCUGUGGAAAGAGGAUCUGGCAGCCUUUACCGAGGAGCUGGAGCGUGUGGAACAGAAGGAGAUGGAGUCACAAAAUGCAAUUCCUGUGGUGAAAGGUAAAGUGGGAAAAUCAAAGGUGGUGAAGGUAAAGAAUGAGACCAUGCCCACUCCACAGGGCCGCCGCGUCAUCCCCCGCAUCACCAGCACCAUGAAGGUCCAAGCCGUUAAGAAGGAGGGAGCCAAACGAGGCAAAGCUGUGAAGAAAGAAGCUGGUGUGGUGAUGAAGAUGGAGUUUGAUGAUGCAGACGCAGCAGCCGACAGCUCUGAGAUGGGACUGACUGCAAGACUCACUAAGAAGGUCAAGAAAGAGCCAGCCAAACACAAAAGCACAAAGUCAGGCAAGCAGACCACCCUCUCCUUUAAACCGGUCCAGAAGAACCCCUGGUCUUCUGAGGAGGGAGAGUCUGAAUCUGACAUGGAGCUCAUCCCUGAGGAAGUGGCUCCAAGAGAAAAGAAAGAGCGCAAAGCUGCGGUGGAAAAGAAGUACAGUCUGUCAAGCAGUGAAGACGAGUUUGAUGACUGGGCGAAGAGCUCUAAACAGAAGCGCGCUGUCAUUGAGGAUGAUGAGUCUUUCAUCCCAGAACCCAGCGGUGCACCUGAUAGUGACAUUGACUCCCCUCCUCCCGCACCUGUUGUGAAAAAAGCACCAGCAAAAGCCAGCAAACCAAAAGUAGAGAAACCCGAAGCCAGUAGCAAGUCUGGCUCUGAGACCAGCCAAGAGGCGGCCCCUAAACCUGUGAAAAAAUCAGCUGUAGGAGCCACCAAGAAACCGGCCGCAAAGAAGACAAGUGCUGCUUCUAAGAAGAAAGCAACAGAUGCAAAACAGCCCUCAAUCCUUGAUGUGCUCUCUAAAACAAGUCCUAAAAAAACCAAAGCCACCAAGAAGCCUGCUGCUGUCAUACAGUCUUCUGACUCGGAUGGCGCAGCCCCUUUUGUGGUUGAGAAGAAACCAGCCAAGAAGAGGAAGCCCGCUCUGAGCAGUGACCAAUCAGACGGCUCAGACUCUGACAGUGGCAAUCUGAUGGCUCGCCUCAAGGGCAAAAGCACUGCUGGAAAGAAAGCAAAGAGCUGGGAAGAUGACGACAGCUUUCAGCUGGAAGAGAAGGUCGUGACGUCUGCAGCUCCCAGGAGCCGAGCUGCACGUACCGCCAAACCUGUGACCUACACUCUUGAUUCAGAUUCUGAUGACUAUUAAAGUCCUGAAGUAGCCUGUAUGUAUGAUACUUAAAGGUCACAGAGUUGUUAGAGGGUUUUUUUACUUAAAAAAAAAAAA